AUGUCCGAUCUUCCUCGUACGAAUUAUGACUUCAAACCCAAUCGUGCCGGGGGAGUAGUCCCAAUGGUAAUCAAGCGAUUAUUCAAAUCACCGAAGAAUUUAGAUUUCGAGACAGCAUCAUGGGAGAUGUUCAAUUUGGUUUUUAAACCGAGAACUGCAUUUAAAUCAUUCUAUUACAAACGUCAGACGACAGAAUCAUGGGCUAGGGAUGAUCCUUCUUUUUUCAUUUUACAAAUUGGUCUGCUUACUUUAAGCUCGAUGGUUUGGUCUAUUGUUUAUGGCCACAGCUUCACCCAAUUUAUUAAGAUGAUGACCAACAUGAUCAUUAUAGAUUUCUUUGCAUUUGGAGCAUUCAUGGCUACAUUUUUUUGGAUCAUAUUGAAUCGUUCAUUUUUUAAGUUUAGAAGUGCGUCUAGUGCAAGCGUUGAAUGGGCUUACUGUUUUGAUGUUCACUGCAAUGCAUUUUUGAUUAUUUGGUGUUUGCUAUAUUUCUUACAGUUCUUACUGCUACCGAUCAUUAAACUACAUGCUUGGAUCAGUCUCUUCGUUGGAAAUAUAUUAUACUGUACCGCGUUAGGAUACUAUUUCAUUUUGACAUUUUAUGGAUAUAGUCAGUUGCCAUUCUUGAAGAAUAUUAACUUCAUACUUUUACCAAGUCUUCUGAUGGCGUUACUCUUCCUUCUAAGUUUAUUCGGUAUCAAUCUAGCUGACAAGUUCAGCUUUUAUAACGAAGCCUGA